CAACACCCUCCUUACAUACCCAAAACUCUAUUUCCCAUUUCUAUCGGUCUCGCUCUCUCCUCUUCCAUAUUCUACUAAUCAAUGAAGGAAGCCCAAGAACAGGCAACAAAUACCGUUGAAAUCCAAUCAGAUGGUGGAAGAGGCUCCUCAAAAGUUGUACAAUACAAGUGGUGGAUACUGAUAGCAUUUUUCACCAUGUUUGUAUUCUCCGGUCAAUCAACAGCAACAAUGUUGGGAAGACUUUACUUCACCAAAGGUGGAAACAGUAAAUGGAUGGCAACACUUGUUCAAACUGCUGGAUUCCUACUUAUGUAUCCCUUCAUCUUCCUCUUCUCACCUUCAAAAACACAACCAGAAUACCAUCAACAAGUCGCUGGAAAACCUUCAUUGACCACCCUUGUGAUACUCUAUACAACUCUUGGAAUAUUCUUGGCUGCAGACUGCAUGUUGUUUACCUUUGGACUCAACUUUUUGCCUGUUUCCACGUUCUCUUUGAUCAGUAGCGAUUCUGAAGAGACUGGGAAUGUAUCGAGAAGCAAGUAUAUCAUUGGUUUUGUUUGCACAGUCGCUGCUUCUGCAGGGUGGGGUUUAAUGCUUUCAAUAACACAACUCGCGUUUCAAAAGAUUUUGAAAUCUACAAGUUACAAGGUGGUAUUCGAUAUGACCGUGUACCAAAACUUAAUAGCAAGUAUUGGAAUUCUAAUGGGACUAUUUGCUAGUGGUGAAUGGAAAGAUAUAAAAGGGGAAAUGAGGGGUUUUGAGUCUGGACAGGCUUCGUAUAUAAUGAAUCUUGUAGGAACAGCUGUCGCGUGGCAAGUUUUCACGUAUGGUUUUUUGAUGAAAAGAUGA